AAAGAACGUCUUAGCAAUACUUGUAAGAGUUAUGAUCACACUUUGAUCAAGAUUUUGUCUCAUCGAGUGCUCAAUACGACAAAACUGACUUUAGAGAAACUUUUCCAAGAACAAAAUCAGUUUCAUGCAAAACUAGUCCACUUGGUUCGCGAUCCAAGAGGAGUGGUCUAUUCCAGGAUUAAGCUAAGAUGGAUGAAGAAAAACUUUAACAGCCCCGAAUUUCGGAAAAGUGUUCAAAACGUAUUUGAUCCAAUACUACAGAAUAUACGACUUGGUCUGUUUUCUUGCCCAUCUUGGCUUAGAGAUCGCAGUUAAAGUUGUUCGCUAUGAAGAUCUUGUGGCGAAUAUGGUAAAUGUUACACAUGACCUUUAUAAGUUCGCAGGACUGGGUUGGUCAUCUAACGUUGUUAAGUGGAUAAGUACUCUGGACAACAAUUCCAAGCACGGACGCGCUUAUUCCGUGUUAUGA